UCUUAGGCGAUGACUCCCUCUCUCACAACCCUCAUCGGCACUCAACCCCUUUACUCGUCGCAGCCCUCACCUAACUGUAACCCUCACACGUCGCCACUCCCUCCGUGGCUUAGCAACCCAUCACAGCCCUCACCUCACUGGCGCUCACUCCCCCUCUCGUAACCCUCUGGGUCGCCAUCGUUGAUUACCUCAAUCUCGUGCCUCCUCUGCUCGUCGGUGAACAAAACAGUAGUCCAAUAGCACUGAAUAGAGAUAGUAUUGGCUGUGAAGGAGCUUUAUGAUCAACACAUUGAUUCCUACAAAGAGAAGAGAUUAAAGAGACAGCGUCGUUUCGCUGUCUGCCUUGACAUAACACCACCGCUUCGUCUUGGCCCUCGAUUUUGCACCUCUUUUUCUUUGUUUUCGGUUAAGCUCUGCAAGCUUCUCGAGGAGUACACUUAGAUCCUUGUUGUCCGUGCUGUUAAUGUUGGAUCUAACCAGCUCUAGAACAUUCGAAGGGGUCUUCGUGGUGAUUCCAUUGUUCUUAUGGGGAAGAAUCCCAUGAUGAAGCGUUCUGUUAGGAUGCACACUAAGAAUUAAUGAUGUAACUGUUAUUUAGUCAGCGAGGAGGUUGCUAAGUACAAGAUGCAUGCUAAGAAUCACAGUGGUACUAAAUUGCUGCUAGAAGUAAAGAAACUUCUGAAGAAGAAUGAUUUACCAUUGGAACUGGGCACAACAGAUAUUGUUUUUCAGAUGGUUGACAAAAAGAGGAAGUGCAAGGCCACAGGGUCUGGAAAGAGGAAACGGACCUCAGCAUCCACUGAGGCAUCCGAUGCAGCAUUUUAUGAGAGGCGUAUCAAUGGGAGAGGCAAAUUGGACCAAAGUACACCUUCCACCGACAUGUACAAGUUCAGCCACCUGUAUUUCGAGCAGAAAUUUGAAAAGUUCCUAAAGAGGAACUUGCAUGUUGAGAGGAUACUCCAAAUUCCGGAGGAACUAAGCAUAUAUACUGAUGACAGAAUUGCUCAGCGGAAUUGGAGGUUCCUAGGUCGGGAACUCCUGACAAUAAAUGCAUCGUGGGUAAAGAAAUUUUAUGCUAACUAUUACACUGGGGCCCUCGAUGCAGUUCACUUGAGAGGAAAGAAGAUUUCGGUUACUGAGGAGGCUAUUGAGCAUGCCCUCCACUUUUUGCCUGGACCGAGCGGGAAAGAUGCAUUUGAAGUGGUAGAAAGUGAGAGGAAGAUGAAGACUUUUGAUUGGGAUAGAGUAUGGACAGCGAUUGGCAAACCUGAGAGUCAGUGGAUAUUUGGUUUUGACAUGACGACUCCUCAUUCCUGUUCGCUCUUUGACCAAUGAAGCCCGCAUUUGGCAGCAGCUUCUGUCUAAUUACGUGAUAUCGAGCACCCAUGAGACCAGGAUUACUGCUGAUAUGGCGAUCAUGGUUUGGUGUGUCUUAGACGUGAGAGCUGUACCUUCCUAGGCAUAUCAGACGAUACAUGAGAUGGGCUCACUAUGUUGGCAACCUCGCCUUUUUGUGCUUGGUCACUCAGCUAGCCACGGAGGCUAAAGUUACCUAGAUGGCCACAAAUGAGAGACCGACAGUCGCCGGGUUGGUAAACUCCAAUUUUGUGAUUUUUCUUGUGUUAAAUUUGGUGAGUUUUAUCAAUUUUUCUCACAUUUAUUCAAUGAAAUAGUAUGCUUUUGCAAUUCUCCAUAAUUUGUGCUUAAGAGUGAAAACAUAUUUUUUAGGCCUUUAAAUUGUUGAUUUUAAUUCACUUUAAUUCCAUUCGAUACCUUGAUAUGUUUGUUGAGUAAUUUCAGGCUCAUAAAGUAAGGAUCAGAUGGAAGAAGUGAUGAGAAAAGCAUUUAAAGUGGAGAAUUCAUGAAGAAAUGAGCACUUGGAGGAUUCAAGGCCACGCCCAUGCGUAUGCAUGAAAAGUAAAUCUGCCAGCGACGCGCACGCAUCGUCCACGCACACGCGUGACGUUGGUCACGUGACCCCAUUAAAGUGAAUACGCUGGGGACGAUUUUUGAGUUUUUCGGACCCAAAUCCAACUCAUUUUUGAGGUUAUUUGAUGCAGAAUUCAAGAGGGAACAAGGGGGAGUAAUUAGAUAGUGAAGAAACAUGCCUUAGGCUAGAGAGAGAAGCUCCCCCCUCUCUAGAAAUUAGGGUUUUUAGUUUAGUAUUUUCUUAGAUUUAUGUUCAAUUACUUGUUUUGAUUUAGUUUUCUUUACUUUUUUUGUUGAUUUGCUUCAAUCUUAGUUUCUCUUGUUAAUUCUCUUUUA